AUGGCAAGCGGUAGCAGCGCAGGGCCGACAGCAGAGCCCCUUCGCUCAUUGGAAGAACUGCAGAGCUGGACGGUUGAAAAUUUGUCACUCGAUGCGCUACAGAAUGUUGCACAAGUUGCUCUCCUAGAAACAGAAGAAGACAUUGCAAGCAGACGGCACUUGAGGGCAAGAAGAAGUGCGUCUGACGCUGUGACUCUCAACACUGAAGCAUCUCCGGAAAAAGUGCACCGUCCUCGGCUACUGGUCUGCCAUGACCUUCAGGGGGGCUAUGAAGACGACAAGUUGCUUCAAGGGGGAAGCAAUUCAAAUGCGUACCGCAUCUGGCAUUGGCGCCUCAUCGACGUGUUUGUUUACUUCAGCCAUCACUUGGUGACUAUACCCCCAGCGGGGUGGACUGAUGCGGCCCAUCGACAUGACGUCAAGGUCCUUGGCACCUUCAUAACUGAGUGGGAUGCCGGAGCCGCCAUUUGCCGCGAAAUCCUGUCAACUGUCGAGAGCGCUCGCCAUGUAGCUGAUCAGCUUGUCGCCAUUGCUAUGCAUCACAAGUUUGAUGGCUGGCUGCUCAACAUUGAGAAUAAAGUUGAUUUGGGACAGAUUCCGACUUUGGUGGAGUUUGUGCGCUACCUGACCGAAACGAUGCACGCAGCACAUCCUUUGGGGGAGGUGAUCUGGUACGACAGCGUCACUACCAAAGGCGAGCUCAAGUGGCAGGACUCUCUUACUCCGCUCAACGCUCCUUUCUUUGCGGCGGCCGACGGGCUCUUCGUGAACUACACCUGGAAAGCGGGGACGCCAGAAGCGUGCGCGCUCGCAGCCAACCGCCGCGCGCCAGAUGUCUACAUGGGAGUCGAUGUCUUCGGGCGGGGGACCUUUGGCGGGGGCGGAUAUCAUGCAGACACAGCCCUCGCGGCAGCGCGCAGCGCCGGCGUGUCAGCUGCGCUCUUCGCCCCGGCGUGGGUGAUCGAGAACCCGCACGAGGCCGGGCCCAAUUUUGAGGAGGCGCAGGAGAAAUUCUGGGGGCUGGUGCAGCGGUGCUGGCCCGCCGCGCACCCCGCGGUGACUAGGCUUCCGUUUGAGUCGGACUUUAACCAGGCGGUAGGCCGCUCUCUGCGCUCGGACGGUGCCCUCGUGUCCGACCGUCCGUGGAACAACAUGGCCCGGCAGAGCGUCCAACCGCUGCACCAUGCCGCGCAAAUUCGGUCUGCAAAGAAGCGGACAACUUUGGAGGCGGGAGUAAGCUUCGAGAGCGCGUUCAACGGCGGCUCUUCGUACGAAGUCCGAGGCCGGCUCGAGAAGGGCGACUUUGCAGCGGUGCGGCUGUUUGAUUGCAGCCUGGAGCUCAAUCCGUCCAAAAGCCUGACCAUCUCGUUCACGGUGUCGGCGCUGCCGGACAGCCACGUGGCACUUCUUCUCCGCAUCCGCUCAGCGGACAACAAAACCCUGACAAUAGUCUGUAGCAGCGCCUCGGCGAUUCCGGCCGGCGAAUUGAAAUACGAGAUGACGGGAAGAAGCAACGUUCAGGGAACGGCCUCCGGGGAAACUAGAGCAGCGGGAAACGAUGCCUCGGGGACACGCUCCGGGCAGUCCGUAGGGAUUGCUCAAAACAGCAUGAAACCGGGGGGCAUGGCCGAGCAGAGCAGCACAGAUCGAAGAGGAAUGCAACUGGAGGCCGAGGAUCGGGGGGGCUCUGCCGAGCACUUUGAACGCUCCAAUUCUCUCAGACGUCAGGAGCCAGGUGAGAGUAGGGCAGAAAUGUCAGUUGUCAACUCAGACGGUGGGCAGUUCUUCGGUGGUCGAGAAGAGAGCGCGAGUUUACAAAGCGGGGAGUUGCAUUCCAUCAGCUGGGCGAGCUUUCGAAGCUUAGAGUCGCAGACAAACGGCUGGCAAACGUUCGUUUUCCAUGCGGAAGCAGGGUUAACGGGGCGAUUGACCAAUAUUGGGGUUGUCUGCAACGUGGGCGGGUUGCUGGACGAAAGCGACCUGGAAAGCGUGUGGGAGACGAUGAAAGAGCAUACGGAAGAUCUGUGGGUUUUGCGAGAACGAGAGGAGCAGAACCGGUGGGGACCGGUCGAAAACGAGCAGAAACCUACCGUUGCUAUGGAUGAAAGAACAGCAGACGAUGCGACCGACCAACAAAACAAUGGGAAGAAGGAAACCGGCAGUACGCGGGGGACUGUGACGAAUCAGACCAGCGAGUCCUUGCAGCCGGAAAUAAAGGAGCCAAGUAUGGGCUCAGAACUAGGUCGGAGAAUGCUGAGGGGCUCGGCCCGAAACGUUGAGAGCCAUGAGGAAAGAGCAUCUCAUGUGGACGGAAGACCCGCCGAAGAUCAUGCUGCCAGGGAUGACAACAACGGCUUUCGAGUCCGACUCGGCCACGUUGCAUUACAGUACUUGAGUAACUAGCCUGGGACGUGUACUUGUAUAAGUGCCUUUGCCUUGAAGACGCUGAAUGCUUUUUGGUCCCUGUAGACGCUUCUACUGACUCUGGACGAUCGACGGCUUGUCUCCGUCGAUAACUGAUAUACUGAAAUAUACGAUACAUUUGCG